AACACGCGCGUGCGGAUGCGACUACACACCCAAAUUUCGUCAUUAUCCAAUUACGUCAUUAUCCUGCUGAGAAGUUGCAUAGUGAACAUUUGUCGGAGUAGCAGGGGGAUUCAAUUCUCUGAAGAAAUGGGGGAAACAAAGGGUCUGUUUUUUGUAUUACUUGUUUCGCUUCACGGGACAGUCCACGCUCAAGGGGUCACAAGUUGCAGAAAACCCAAACUGGAUGAAGGUUAUUUUAACUCUGAAGAAAACGUGUACAACGAAGGCACAACACUUUACUAUGGCUGCAAUAAAGGCCGGAAACCUGUGGCUGAGGGCUGGUGGGGAAUCACUGUGUGCAAGAACAGCCAAUGGACCCCUGAACCUCAAUGCAUAGACGAGAGCGACUGCGUUGCGCCAGACAACCCUAACGCUAAAGUGAGAAAGCCCAGUGAGGAAGGGUGGUAUAAAAACGGAAGAUCCGUUAACUUUGAAUGUGAUGAAUUCUAUGAAACUAAGCGCACUAACGCCAAGUGUGAAAAUGGAAUUUGGGAAGACCUUCCAGUCUGUGAAAAAAGAAAAGACUUAUGUGGUGAACCUCCUCAAGUGAAAAAUGCAGUCAUCACUCAGGAAUACAGGGACACGUUUUUGGACAGCUCUUCGGUACAAUAUAAAUGUCAGGAUUCAUAUAACCUGAAUAUAACUGAUCCCACUAUUUGCAUAUCUGGAAUUUGGAGUGGAAUUCCCAAGUGCAUUCAAGUUCAAGAACCCUCAUCCGCAGAGAAGACCGACACAGGUGAGGAGGCCCAGAGACCCACUGGCAGACCAGAACCUAGUGGAUCAGGUCCCUUUGUACCUGGUGAGGAGGCCCAGAGACCCAUUGGCAGACCAGAACCUAGUGGAUCAGGUCCCUUUGUACCUGGUAAGGAGGCCCAGAGACCCACUGGCAGACCAGAACCUAGUGGAUCAGGUCCCUUUUUACCUGUGGAGAAAUGUGGAGAAAAGCCAGUUGUUGAUAAUGGGGACUAUAUCAGCGACAACAAUCGAAUGGCACUGACUUACAAAUGCAAAAUGCAUUAUGAACUUGAGGGCCCAGAGCAAGUGAUGUGUCAUAGCAAUGGAGUUUGGUCAGAGACACCUGUUUGUAAAGCUCAAGGGGUCACAAGUUGCAGAAAACCCAAACUGGAUGAAGGUUAUUUUAACUCUGAAGAAAACGUGUACAGCGAAGGCACAACACUUUACUAUGGCUGCAAUAAAGGCCGGAAACCUGUGACUGAGGGCUGGUGGGGAAUCACUGAGUGCAAGAACAGCCAAUGGACCCCUGAACCUCGAUGUAUUGACGAGAGCGACUGCCUUGCGCCAGACAACCCUAACGCUAAAGUGAGAAGACCCAGUGAGGAAGGGUGGUAUAAAAACGGAAGAUCCGUUUACUUUGAAUGUGAUGAAUUCUAUGAAACUAAGCGCACUGCAGCCAAGUGUGAAAAUGGAACUUGGGAAGACCUUCCAGUCUGUGAAAAAAGAAAAGACUUAUGUGGUGAACCUCCUCAAGUGAAAAAUGCAGUCAUCACUCAGGAAUACAGGGACACGUUUUUGGACAGCUCUUCGGUACAAUAUAAAUGUCAGGAUUCAUAUAACCUGAAUAUAACUGAACCCACUAUUUGCAUAUCUGGAAUUUGGAGUGGAAUUCCCAAGUGCAUUCAAGUUCAAGAACCCUCAUCCGCAGAGAAAACCCACACAGGUGAGGAGGCCCAGAGACCCAUUGGCAGACCAGAACCUAGAGGAUCAGGUCCCUUUGUCCCUGGUAAGGAGGCCCAGAGACCCACUGGCAGACCAGAACCUAGUGGAUCAGGUCCCUUUUUACCUGUGGAGAAAUGUGGAGAAAAGCCAGUUGUUGAUAAUGGGGACUAUAUCAGCGACAACAAUCGAAUGGCACUGACUUACAAAUGCAAAAUGCAUUAUGAACUUGAGGGCCCAGAGCAAGUGAUGUGUCAUAGCAAUGGAGUUUGGUCAGAGACACCUGUUUGUAAAGCUCAAGGGGUCACAAGUUGCAGAAAACCCAAACUGGAUGAAGGUUAUUUUAACUCUGAAGAAAACGUGUACAACGAAGGCACAACACUUUACUAUGGCUGCAAUAAAGGCCGGAAACCUGUGACUGAGGGCUGGUGGGGAAUCACUGAGUGCAAGAACAGCCAAUGGACCCCUGAACCUCGAUGUAUUGAAAGAAAAGACUUGUGUGUUGAACCUCCUCAAGUGAACCAUGCAGUCAUCACUCAGGAUUACCAGAACAAGUUUCUAAGUGGCUCAAAGGUAGUUUAUAAAUGUCAGACAUCUUACACCCUGAACGGACCUGAAUCCAUUGUCUGCAUAUCUGGAGAAUGGACCCCAACCCCCACCUGCAGUAAGGAGGCCCAGAGACCCACUGGCAGACCAGAACCUAGUGGAUCAGGUCCCUUUUUACCUGAUGGGUGAAUCAAUGCAACACAU